AUGGCACCUGUAGGGUUACGUCUUGCGGCUCAAGCAACCUCUUUAUACAGAGACGAGUUCGUAUUGUCUGGGCAUUCUGAAGCUACAGAUCCCAGAAAAGUUGCUAUCAUCCGAACUGCAACCCUCGCCAGCUCUGAACACUUAGGGUUGUCUCUUAUACGGCUGGACAUCAAUCCCGGGGGUAUCAUGAGUCCCAAUACACACUACCUGGACAUUGAGAUUCUAUUUGUGUUGGAAGGAGAAAGGUAUUCGAGAGGCCUGCUACACUUCCAGCUGAAGAAAGGUGCGGUGCUUGCAUCGAGUCUGAACAUCUUGAACAAUCAGAAUCCUGGGGGCGAUCGGAAGCUGUCUAGCGCCUACCUCAUCGAAUGUGCUCCAAAUGCUAUACUUUUCAUGUUUCUCACUAUAGCAUGA